AACAUGUAAAACAGAGGGAAAGAGGUUAUUUAUAGAGCUUAAUUUCCAUUCUUCAGUCUUCACCAUAUAUACUAAACAGAUUACUUCAGUAUCAUUCAACAAUGGGUUCCUUAUUUCAUUGUUUCUUCUCCAUUUCUUUUCUUCUCUUUCUCAUUUCCCCAUCCACAGCUAGAGCACCCUUUCGUCCAAAAGCUCUUCUCCUUCCAGUCUUCAAAGACAAAUGCACUCGCCAAUACAUAACCCAGAUCGACCAAAGAACCCCUCUUGUGCCUGUAAAAUUAACAGUGGAUCUUGGCGGAAGUCUCAUGUGGAUUAAUUGUGAAGAAGGCUACGUCUCAUCUUCAUAUAGGCCGCUCAGUUGCGACUCUGCCCUUUGUUCACUUUCUAAUUCACAGUCAUGUAACAAGGAGUGCUAUUCUAGCCCAAAGCCAGGGUGCUACAAUAACACAUGUGGUCAGUCCUCCAAUAACAGAGUUGUAUAUAUUGGCACUGGUGGUGACCUUGGUCAGGAUGUUGUUGCUCUCCAAUCUUUUGAUGGAAAAAAUCUCGGUAGGAUUGUUUCAGUCCCUAAUUUCCCUUUUGUUUGUGGUAUAACAUGGCUAUUAGAUGAUCUUGCCGAUGGGGUCACAGGCAUGGCUGGCCUGGGAAGAAGUAACAUUUCUCUUCCUGCUUAUUUUUCUUCUGCUAUUGGCUUUUCAAAGACAUUCUCUAUAUGCUUGAGUUCUUCUACAAAAUCCAAUGGUGUAAUAGUUUUUGGCGAUGGUCCAUCUUCGAUCGUAUCAAAUGAUCUUAUCUACAUCCGACUUAUCCUGAACCCUGUGGGCACUCCAGGGUAUUCUUCUCUGGGCGAGUCAUCAGCUGACUACUACAUUGGAGUUAAAUCCAUUAGAGUUGAUGGAAAAGAAGUUAAAUUUGACAAGACUCUGCUGUCCAUCGAUAAAGAUGGUAACGGUGGAACCAUGCUCAGCACUGUUAAUCCCUACACUGUCUUGCAUACUUCUAUUUAUAAAGCUCUUCUUAAAGCUUUUAUCAAGAAGCUGGUAUUUAGAUUCUCUCUAGUGGUACCGUCGGUACCAGUACCAUUCGGAGCAUGCGUAUUUUCAAACGGGUUUCGUACGACUGAAGAAUUCCUGUCGUAUGUGCCUAUAAUUAAUCUGGAGUUGGAGAGUGAACAAGGUAAUUCUGUAUAUUGGAGGAUCUUGGGUGCAAAUUCGAUGGUGGCAGUCAAUAGCUAUACCAUGUGUUUGGCAUUUAUUGACGGCGGGUCGCAACCUAGAACCCCUAUUAUCAUUGGUGGGCAUCAACUAGAAGACAAUCUUCUACACUUUGAUCUUGCAUCUUCAAGACUUGGGUUCAGCUCUAGUCUUCUACCUAGGAACACAACCUGCUCCAACCUUAAUUUUAAUGCACUCUAAUGUUUUCUUCUUUUUCUUUAAGAAUUUUGUUUUGAGUCUUGCUCUUACUAAGUUGCACCUAAAAAUAGGAAAAAGAAUAACAAUGAUCCUAGUGAAACCUCUUCGACCACACUACAUGAAGAUUUCUUUUCUCACCUUAUCCAUAACCAUGAAUAAUAUAGUUGGCUUGUAAACUUGAAUA